CAAAAUACCAUCUUGCGAAUAUCCAUUUAAUAGAAUUGCAUUUCACAAAUAAAUAUUAAAACUUAAAUAGUUAACUUACAGUAAAUGGCCGAAAAAUAAAGAAAUUUAGGAAAUCAUUCAGCAAACAACACAACACUAGAUAUGUCGAUCCAUCUGAUGUGUCUCACAUCGGAUGGCGGAGUUCCGAUCUACUCGAAAAAGAAAGGCGACUGUGAGACCCUUCCAUUCUCCACGAUCGCCUCCCUGAACGGGGUGCACAUGUUCUGCAAGUCGCAGGGCGUGGACCUCUCGAUCACACACCUGGAGGAGGGAAUGAUCAUCUGGAAGGAGUACGAUGGCACUCUCAUGAUGAUCGGUAUCGCCAAGGGCCUCAGCGAAAAGAUUCUGCGCAAUCUGAUGGACUUUGCCUACUACUCGAUGGUAUUCUGCGUGGGGAUAUCCGCCAUCAAGAAGAUCAAGAACAUUGAUCGUUUCAAACGGGAGUUGAAAAAUUGCUAUACGCUGAUCGAUCAGCUGAUGGAAGUGGUUGAGAGUGACUUUUUCCGCUACAACGAAGCAGUGCUGUGUCCGGAGAGUAUGGCAAUGUUGGUCAAGCUGAACGAGUUCAGUGUGCAGAUUGGAUCUCCGUUCUGUUCGAUCCUGGUCCGGCAGAAGGUCGCCUGCGGAACGGAGGGAUGGUGGGACUUGGAUAUCGUGGACAGGAAACUGCUGAUGGUUCUGUUGAAUGCAUCCAGCACCAUUCAGCAGGACGUUCCGGUGUUUCUGCCGAAGAAGAGUCCCGGCAUUGCGUAUCGGUUCAUCAGUAUUCCGAUAACGCAAGGCGUAAGCAUAUGUGCUCUGUGCGGGGCGGAACCUCCGUACGAUAAGCUACAAACGAUGAGCCAGCAGUUUUGGAUGAACGAAAUCGAUCUGCUGAUCACGGCGGAGCAGAACUAUCCGAAGAACUACCCGGCGACGGUUGAGCUGGACUCGAGCAUAUUGGGAUUUUUGCUGGUUAACAGGGAGCAGUCCAAGUACGUGAUAUCGAGAAAUGUGCAUCUGACGAGUACGGGGAAGAGAACACUGUCCGGGAAUCAUCGGUUGGACGUUCUUCGGACUUUCUUCCACCAGUCGGUGGAGGCAAUGGACGAUCUGUUUCGAGAUGCGGAUAAGGUUGCGAAUUUGGAGCAGUACUGGUGUUCGGAUUAUCACAAGUGCUACGCACUACUGGAAGGGCAGAAUAUUCUGUGCGUACUGUACACAUCGGCGAUCCCGACGCAUAUUAUGAGAUUCAUAACACAAAAAACACUGAACACGCUAAUAGCGGAUAAGGAUGUCUGCUGGUAGCUGUGUCAUGUCUGAACUGCGACACACCCACCCUUUUUUGAGCUUCGUUUCAUGGAUUAAUACUAGGGAUGUUUACCGGUAAUGUCAAAUCUAAAAAGCCUUAAACAUCCAAAUGUAGAUUAAAGUGAGUGGGAAGGAUAGAUAAAGCGAACAUUGGUAAUGGAGUUCGUAAGCUCCCGACACACAUAGUCGACUUUAUCUAUCUUUCCAACUAACUUUAAUUCACAUUUGGAUGUUUGAGGUUUUUUAGAUUCGAUUUUAAAAUAAAAACACGAUCAGCAAUGACAUUACCCGUAAACAACCCUGUUAAAUACAUGCUUUCGUAUGUGGAAUGAUCCUUUCCGCUUUUUAUUUCUUGCCUACAUAAGAACGACUACUAGCUAUAGUUUGGAUUCUUACUUGAGUGUUUAAACUAUAUCACAAAUCCAAAACGGCAACCGAGAUGAUCCAAGAGAAAGGUAAAUAGACUUCCAAGAUCAGGAGAGGAUAGAUCGAUAGACGAACAGAAAACCGCAGUAGAAUUCCGAUCGUGUCGCUUAUUGUCUUCGCGUCACCAAACAAUGGAGGCAAUAAAUCAUGAUAAGAAGGUAUAAUAAUAAUAAUAAUAACAGAUUCUCUAGUUUUUGAUUUCGUUUUGAUGAUUUGUCCCUCUACACCACCCACUUGGUGUAUGAAUUCGUUUGCCUAGUUUCGAUUUUCCGCUUCAGUCUUCUCUCGAUAGAAGCUUUCCCUACUAACAACUUAUGCACGAUAACAGAGGAAAAACAGUGGAAGAUAGUACGAUAGAUUUGGAAACUUAACCAACGUAGAUCGGAUAGAAGCGUUAUUGGUUGACUUACAGUAUUCACUUUACGGCGAAUGCAUAUAUAUCCUAAAUACCUUAAACGUAUCUAAUGCUGAUAUAAUUUAGUUUAUUGUCAUGCUAGAAGUUUAUCGAUAAGUAACGUGUCGUUACGACGACUGGAGCUAUUUCCCUUAGCAUACACAAUCUAGGAUUAUUAUCACUCUGACUUUCACUGAUCAGAUUGAAUUUAUGUUUUGCACUGAAAAUUUGCGUGAAUGACAAACUGGAGGAUUACACGAUUUUGUGCCGUCUGCUUUGUACGAAUGAUUCGGUUGAAUAGGUGGUGACUUGGUGGAACAGUGUGGUCGAAACUGUAAAGAGGAACUUCAGGAAGAAGCUCAGUGAGGUGUACUUGGGGGAAAAUCAAAUAGUAAUGCAAGCAUUUGGCAGAUCUUAUCUUUAAAGUAAAAAACAAAAACGAUGAAUCCAGGAACUAGUUAUGAGAAGAUUGAUUGCCAAACUACACUGCCCUAUUCAACCGAAACCAACCAACUCGAACCACAACACAGAGCAUAUAAAUGUUCGUUAACUUAUAUUUUACGGUAAGUUUCAUAACCUGGAUCGA